AUGCGCAAUCUGCUCACGGACAUCAGCAGCAGCCGCCGCGCGCGUAUUUCACCGACCCCGCGCGCCCCCCUGCCUCCCAUUCGCAGCUCGUGGAUGAGUCGGCGGGAGGCAGCGCACGGAGCAACAUGUCCCGCCGCAAGCAAGCCAGGCCGCAGCAGCUCCGGCCGGGAGAGGAGGCUCCGGGAGGGCAGGCGAGGGGUAGGUGCACGUUCCGGGGCGCGAGGACCCCCAAAACCCCGCAGCUCCCCCGUCCACGUUCCACCAGCCAACGGAACUUCUAAAAGGGGACGAGAGGGAGCUGGGAACCGGCCGAUCCACGUCAGGACGCCCUGCUUCCCCAGAAGCCGUAAACCGCUUCUCUCUGCUUUAAUGCUCCAGUUUUCUCUGCAAACGCUGAGAUUUGUGGGUGCCUUCGAGGUGGACUCGGAGCUCCGGACGAACCCCGAAAACAACAGAACGCCCGCAGAAGUCGACUCUUUGGACGCCCCAGAGGAGACGCACGUCUGCGGCCGCUGCUGCGCCCAGUUCUGCUCUCCUGCCGAGCUCAGCAAGCACCUCGCCGCCUGCGCCCGGGACGCCACGCUGCUGAUGGCGCCCGGCUGCUCGCCGCAACCCGGGCCGUCCCCGGCCUCCAGCCUGGCGUCCAGCGACUCGUCGCCCGACUGCUUAGAGCUGAUGCAGGACAUCGAGGGCUUGGAUAGCUUGGAGGAAGGGAGGGAGUGGUCGGACGCCAUGACGGACGCCACGGAUGCCAUGGAGGUGGAGCGCUGCCCUCAGGACCAAAGCAGGAGCAGCCCUCAGCCUCCAGAGGCAGCGCCCAGCACCAACGUCACCCUGGAGAUCCUGCACAGCACCCGGGUGGCGGUGGCCCAGUUCUCCCAGGGCGCCGGCGGCGGCGUCGGCGUGGGGAAGAUGGCGGCGGCGUUGCCGCUGAUCCUGGAGCACCUUCUGGCUCUGCAGCGGCAGCAGCUGCAGCAGCUGCGGCUCAUCGAGCAGAUCUGCAGCCAGGUGGCCGUCAUGAACCGCCAGCCCACGCAGGCCGCCUUAAGCCCCGCCCCCGCCGCGCCCCGCCUCUUCCCCUCGCCGGCGCCGCCUCCCCUGCUGCCUCUAUCCGGGGCCACGCCCUCCAGCGCCAACGGCCAGGCGGCCGCUCAGCCCCAGGGCGCCGCCUGUCGCCCGGCGACUGGCCCCGCCCCCUUCAGGGACGCCUCGGACGCCGUCAUGGCCGCCGGCACCACGGGCGACCCGCUGGACCCGCUGGCCGCCCUGCUGAGGCCCCGGAGGGCCCGGCCCGGCCCGGACGAGGAGCCCUUCUUCAGGCACAAGUGCCGCUUCUGCGCCAAGGUGUUCGGCAGCGACAGCGCGCUGCAGAUCCACCUGCGCUCGCACACCGGCGAGCGGCCCUUCAAGUGCAACGUCUGCGGCAACCGCUUCUCCACUAAAGGAAACCUGAAGGUGCACUUCCAGCGCCACCGCGACCGCUACCCCCACGUGGCCAUGAACCCCUUCCCCGUGCCCGAGUACCUGGACGCCGUGCCCACCAGCUCCGGGAUCCCCUUCGGGAUGUCCGUCCCCCCGGAGAAGCCCGCCGCCCCCUGCUGGCUGGAGGGCAGGACGCCGCCAUCGGCGGGUCUGCGGCUACCCGCCGCCGCCAUCGGGGAGCCUGUAAGUGUGUCGACUGAGCGCGGAGGCUGUGAGGCUCGUUUCUCUCCCGUUUCAGAGUCGGAAGCCUCCAAAAUACUGACCACGGAGGGCACGCACCUCCCCCAAAUUGGCGCCAAAAUACUAACCACGGAGGGCACGCACCUCCCCCAAAGUGGCGCCAAAAUACUGACCACGGAUGGCACGCUCCUCCCCCAAAGUGGCGCCAAAAUACUGACCACGGAGAGCACGCACCUCCCCCAAAGUGGCCCCCCGAGGCCCCGCCCAGUAGCGGUGGCGGCGGGCGCCAAGCCCCAGCCCCCCCCCUCAGGCUCCCCUCCCCUCUCCACCCAGGACUGGAGCCUCCCCCCGGGCGUCCCGCCAGACUCCGGGCAGACGCCGGAGACCUGGAAGCUGCAGCGGCUGGUGGAGAGCAUCGACCGGACGCCGGCGGCCCCGGCGGCGCCCAACCAGUGCGUCCUGUGCCGCCGCGUGCUGAGCUGCCCGGGCGCCCUGCGCAUGCACUACCGCGUGCACAGCGGUGAGCGGCCCUUCAGGUGCCACGUGUGCGGGCGCGCCUUCACCACCAGGGGAAACCUGAAGACUCACAUGGGCGCGCACGAGGACGGCGUGCACGUGGCGGGAGGGGGGGGCGAGGGCAGCGACGCCGAGCUGGCCGAUGACAACCUCCGGGUGGCGGCGCCAUGGCGGGCGACCCACAGCCCCCGUUCAGCGUCCAUGUGGCCCCCCUGCUGGGCCCGGCCGGGCCCCCCCCGCAGGACCCAGAGGCAGCACAACUGCAACGUGUGUGGGAAGAACUUCUCCUCGGCCAGCGCCCUGCAGAUCCACGAGCGCACGCACACGGGGGAGAAGCCCUUCGUCUGCUCCGUGCAUAUGGGGACUCACAUGUGGAGCAACGCGCCUGCCAGGAGGGGCCGGCGGCUGUCGGUGGAGAACCCCAUGGCCCUGCUGGGUGGCGAGGCCCUGAAGUUUGGGGAGAUCCUCCAGAAGGACCUGGCGGCCCGGGCCAUGAACGUGGACCCCGGGUUCUGGAGCCGCUACGCCACGGCCAUCACCAACAGCCUGGCCAUGAAGAACAACGAGAUCUCGGUGAUCCAGAACCGAGGCAUCGCUCAGCUCCACCCGCUGACGGCGAGCAUGGACAGAAUGGGCGCCGCCGGGCCGCUGACCGGCCUCACCAAGGCCGCCAUGGACCUGGGGGGCAACAGACACUUUUCUAUGCUUAUCGACGAUGGCAAAGAAAUCGGAAUCAACUGA